AUGUCUUCCUCUUACUCAGUCGCCGACUUCGAUCCUUCCCUUAAGGGCUCCCUGCCCGCCGACUUCCAUUGGGGCUUUGCGACCGCUGCCGCCCAGAUCGAAGGCGCUUGGAAUAAAGAUGGCAAAGGUGUAUCUAUUUGGGACACUUUUGGUCAUACGCCAGGCAAGGUCAAGGAUGCUAGCACCUGCGACGAUGCUUGCCGCUCCUACGACUUCUACAAGGAAGAUGUCGCUCGCUUGAAGAGCUACGGCGUCACCGGCUAUCGCUUCUCCCUCGCCUGGUCCCGUAUCAUCCCGCUCGGCGGCAAAGACGACCCAGUCAACGAGGCCGGCAUCGCCUUCUACAAUAGACUCAUAGACGAGCUACUCGCAAACGGUAUCACGCCUUUCGUCACCCUGUUCCACUGGGAUACCCCCCAAGCUCUGGAAGAUAGAUACGGUGGCAUGCUGGACAAGGAAAAAUAUACACCCGACUUCGUUCGGUAUGCGCGUGUCUGCUUCGAGCGAUUUGGGGACCGUGUCAAGAAUUGGAUUACAUACAAUGAACCCGGCGUCUAUACUCUGGCUGGUUAUGCCGCUGGUGUGCAUGCGCCCGGCCGCUCUAGCUAUCGGGAUCGAAACGAGGAAGGUGACUCUAGCACAGAGCCCUUCAUUGUGGCACACACCGAGUUAGUCUCUCACGGCUACGUGUGCGACAUGUAUAAGAGAGAAUUCCAGCCGACACAAAAUGGCAAGAUCAUGAUCACGCUUCAUGGCAACUGGAACGAGCCAUGGGACGAGAACGACCCAAAGGAUGUGGAGGCGGCACAACGUGCACAAGAAUUCGAGAUUGCCUGGUUCGCUGACCCUCUCUAUGGAAAAGGAGAGGUCGACUAUCCCGCGUCGAUGCGGGCACAACUUGGCGAUCGCCUCCCGCGCUUCACGGAGGAGGAAAAGAAGCUCGUAAGAGGCAGCUCGGAGUUCUAUGGCAUGAACUCGUAUACGUCAUUCUACGUCAAGCACCGCGACGGCCCUGCAGACAUCAAUGACCAUAAGGGCAACGUAGAGAUCUUCGACACCAACAAGGCGGGUCAAGAGCGCGGCAUUGAGAGCGAUACUCCAUGGCUGCGGACGGCGCCCUGGGGCUGGGCAAAGCUACUUCGGUGGAUAUGGGGUAGAUACGAGACUCCCAUCUUCAUCACAGAAAACGGAACUACGGCUAAGGGUGAGAACGACUGGAAGCCGCAGACUGAUGAUGAUAUUCUAGAGGACCCGCACCGGAUUGACUUCUUCAAGAGCUAUCUCACAGAGAUCGCAAAAGCGUCUCAGGAGGGCGUCAUCGUCAAGUCAUACUUUGGCUGGACCUUUACAGAUAAUUGGGAGUGGGCUGCAGGAUACACGGAUCGCUUCGGAGCCACGUGGGUGGACUUCAACUCGCCUGAGAAGAAGAGGUAUGCCAAGCGGUCGGCUUACUUCCUCAACGACUUCUUCGGCCAUCUCAUACAGAAAUGA